AUGGUCCAUCUAGGAAUACAAGUCGUAAACACCAAGAAAGUAUGGUCCAUCUAGGAAUACAAGGCGUAAACAUCAAGAAAGUAUGGUCCAUCUAGGAAUACAAGUUGUAAACAUCAAGAAAGUAUGGUCCAUCUAGGAAUACAAGUCGUUAACAUCUUCCCAUAUCGUCUAAUAUUAAUAAUAUAUUUCUUAAUGUGCUCGUUUGAAAAGUCUUAAUCGAUUUCUUGAUUGAUUUCAUGUCCUUUGCAUUUGCGAGGCCCACGUGACGUGGGUGCACAGGCUGUUGUCAACUGGGUGACUAAUAACCCUUGAGCCAUUGUUUAGUGUCAACACUAAGUUUAUGUUUGUGUACUGCAGCCCCACAGUUGUUUUGUUAUGUCAUCAGUUCAUAAAACUUCUGUUUACUUACUGUAGCAGAUCGAAACCUUUCACCCCCAAUAGUGGCACUCAAUACAGAGAAGUGUUGUGUUCUGGGAUUAGACUAAAACAUGCUUUGUAUUCAAGUGUGUGUGUAAUUGGAUCCGAGGUUUUUUCAAAGCGGAUUUCGUGAAGUACUUUAGUGAGAACAACAGCCACUUAGUGUCAUUUUAGUUGUGGGACUUCCUACAGUUUUCGUUGACUGUUUGACCAGGAUGUUUGUUGGCUUUAAUCACGUUUUUUUGCUUCGACACUAGAUCUGGCUGAAUCAUGCAGUCGUCAGUUCUUCGGGGCUUAUCCAGUGUUGCUUUUUGAAAGAAAACUUGAGAGCGCUGUCCUAUCUUUAGUUGAAAAAUGUGUGUUGUGAAGGGCCCACACAUAUAUGGAGAGUGAAUCAUAUCGCGGUAUAGACAUGAAAGGAGAGCUUCUGGUUUCCCUUAACUAAACACUGGGGUACGGUGCAUUAGAAUAUGAUGAAUGUGUCACACUUGGGAAUAAGACAAAACACACACACACACACACGCUAAAAGUCUCGUGUAUGAGACAUAUGACUUACAGAGCAAUUAAUUAGUUGGAAUGUUCACCAGAGCAAGGGUGAGGAGAUAUUAAAGGCCGUAUAGCUAAUUUUGAAACCCCCUACUUUCGCUAUGCCUCUUUUUGUGAAAGCCCACGGCAAGACGACCGUCCGGCGAGCAGCGGAACAUGUGGAUGACACCGUGCAUAUGCUGCUGCAGACUUUUUUUGUUCUAACCAAGAAAAUGAAGGGGCGCAGAAAGGAUAAAGACUCCCCCACACCCCCAAAUGCAGAAGAACAAAAAGAAUAUCUGGAGGACCCUUAUUUUCGAGAUCGGAUCUCCGACGCUGACUUCUUUAAGUUGGUGGCUCUGCCGAACAUGUUAGACCUGAACGAAUGGCUGGCAACUCACACUAUUUCCUUCUUCAAUCAUGUCAACCUGAUCUAUGGUGUGGUCUCAGAGUACUGUACAGUGGACACCUGCCCUGCCAUGACUGCCCCUGAUAACGUCCAAUACUUCUGGUAUGAUGAGAAAGGCAAGAAGAGCAAGAACACAGCCCCCCAGUACAUUGACUAUGUUAUGACUCAUAUACAGAAACUUAUCAAUGAUGAGAAUGUGUUCCCAACCAAAUUUGGGCAUCCGUUCCCGCCAGAUCUAGUCGAUGUAGUGAAGCGUAUACACAAGUACCUGUUUCAUGUGCUGGCCCAUAUAUACCAUGCCCACUACAAGCUUCUGCGCCAGCUUGGCCUGCAUGGCCACCUGAACAGUCUCUUUACUCAUUUCAUGGUUUUUGCUUCCAAGUUUGACCUCGUCCAGGACAAGGAGUCGGACAUCCUGCUUCAGCUUUUCUCACUCCUCUUGAAAAACCUGGCCGACCCCAACCAGAACCCCAAGGUGCGGGAAGGCCUCGGCAUAGGGGAAGGGAUGAUCGGGCCUCCAUACGAUAGUAAAAGUAAAAAGACGGACGGAAGCGUCAGCCCUGUGGAUGAGGGCAAAUCAUCUCAGCAUAGCCAAAGACUUAGUAACGGCGGUAGCAAUCUCAGACCCACUCACUGUGAUACAGAUAUUAGUGCAGACCAGAAGGAUUCCAAGACAGAGCAAGGGGACUCGAAGAAAAGCUCUCCAACCACUUCUCAGCCGCAGCGAUCCCCUCACAAAGGGCUUGGGGAAGGCAUGGACAGUGGGGCCUCAGAGCUCCCUUCGGAAUGGCUGUCCAACCUACAAGUCUCUGCCACUUGAUGAUUGACUCUGUCAUGGUCACUGGACAUCGGCUGGAAGGAAGCGGGACAGCUGUAGCUCUGGUUUUCACACCCAGAAGUGACCAUAUUGUCUCAGGUGCCCAAACUUACUCAGAUCUUUCAACCUUAACUUUGUUCAAUAUUUGCAACAUUUCCUCGACCACUCAAUAGAGUUGGUUCAUCGCCAAUCUGCUAUUAUGAAUUCUACAAAAACAAAAACUCCAAAAUCUUUUUUCAUUUGAGUUUGAAACAGAAAUCCAUUUUUUUUUCCUUUGUAACUAUCCAGUGUGUGGCAGGCAAGGGAAGUCAUUCAAGACAUAUAAACAAUGUUGACAAUGGAUAGUGUUUUAGUUGCUUUUCUUGGAUAUCACUUGAGUUGCUUGGCAUGGAAUGUAUUAAGUAAAAGAGUAAUUUUGGAAUUUGAUGUGGGCUUAUUGAAACUAUCUGAAACUGGGCUCAGAUUCAAGCUUUGAUUUCACUCACAUAAUACUUGGUAGUGUUUUUAUUAUAUAUCUGAUUGCUAUGACACGAAAGUUAAUAAGCUAGAUUCUUAAUAAGCAUUUUUUUCAAGGCUUAGAAAGAAAACUGACUUGGCAAAUGAAAAGAUGAGAAUCCAUUUCUAGUGACAGUAGCUGAGAUCAGUUCAUUUCCUAGAACAAAAACAAUUUCAACAAAAGUUUGGCUUUGGCAUUUUUUCUGUAUACAAAAUAAGUCUAGAUAUGUACACUGCUUUUGAACAAGUGAUAUUUUUGUGCCAUGCUAUCUUGUACGUCUAGGUUUGUCAGUGGAUUUUUGUAUGUGUACAAGUCUUUUAUUUUGUUUGUUUCAGCCUAUCAUGUUUGUAUUCCAAACUCCUGCAGUUAAUUUUUGGUCAUUUUCUAGUAUAAACUUUUAGCUUAUCUCGGCACUGUAGUGGAAGAAUGUAUUUUUUUUUUUAUGACUAUUUAUGGCUAAACUAUGUGCAAUAUUACUCCAAGUUUCUCAGGCAUAGAAGACAUUGUCCUUAGAUGUUUGGUCUACACUUCAAGUUUGGAUGUAUACUCAAGUCUACACAUCAAUUCUGGUGUGUACUACUCAAUUCUGGUGUGUGCAACAUUAAUUUUGGUGUGUGCUACACAUCAAUUCUGGUGUGUGCUACACAUCAAUUCUGGUGUGUGCUACACAUCAAUUCUGGUGUGUGCUACACAUCAGUUCUGGUGUGUGCUACACAUCAGUUCUUGUGUAUACUGCACAAUUCAGGUGUACUACACAUUAAUUCAGUUGUGUGACUUGUAUCUCAUUUUCUCAUUGAGCUAGAAUGAGAGUGCCACUAAGGACAGUGUCAAUAACUGACACAACAAAACCUUCUUGCAUUUCCAUUUCAUUUUUUUUUGUCCCUGGUCAUUUCUUAUUUAGUGUUUGCUUAUUAAUCUUAAAUGUUUUCAUUUUAUUUCCCAUCAUUGAGAAAUUGUAUGGUACUCUUAAUGAAGCAUAAUUGCUAUCCUGAUCAAGGCUGUAGUUAGUAUGAAGCUUUCGGGCUGACUAACUUUGUAAUACUAGCCUACCAAGUAAUGUAGCUGUAUGACCAAACAUUCCCUUGUCAUCUCUCCAGAUGAUCUUAAAAAAAACGUUUCCAAUAUUUAUAUCCUUAUUAACCUACUUGCCCCCUCCCCCAUCACAAAUGCCUUGUCAAUGUAAUUAUCAACUGUGACAAACCAAAAUCUGAGAACUGAGCCAAAAGACUCGUAAAUUUGAAAAUUAAAUUAUUAAUUUCAUCAGUCUGACGUGAAUGCAUUAAAGAACACAUGGUAAAUAAAUUUUAGGCUUCGGAUUGUACAUUUUAAUAUUCAAUGAGGUUGAUAAAAUUGAUGUUUAUAGAACAAUGUGCUUAUAAAUAUAUAUAUAUACAUUCUUUAGAAUUUCAAAAUAUCUUGAUGUAGCCAACACUGUAUGUGCCUAUGAGGUCAACUGUAGUGCCCAAGGCAGAUAUUCGUGUCUAGUAGUCAAAUUAAAUAGAAAGAAUAUCCUUUCAACUUAAUAUGCAACCUGCAUAAUGAGUUACCUCCAUUCUUAAGGUCAAUUGUUUAUAGAACUUUGUUAAAUCAUGCCAUUCAAUAUCAUUAGAUUAGAUAGAUGUUUCUGUUUUUUACAAAAUGAAACCUAUCUAAAAUAUUUCUGCUCAGACUGUACUAUUAUAUUAAAAUUUUGUAAGAAACAUUAAAAAAUAGUUUAGUUGUCCUAAAUUUAUAAAACCCUAUCAUAUCUUCGUCAUUUGACUUCAUCUGUUAAGUUACAUUCUUUGAGAUUUCUGUGUUCACCAGUAAUAGCUUUAAAACAAUGACUAGUGUUGUGCCUUUUGCCAGGGGGAAAUAAUAGUGUCAGUAAUAUCAGAGAGUUGUCUAGACUUGACUUGUUGAAGGAUUGCAUUGCUUGCUUUGCUUCCCUUGCUAUUGUGUUAGUCUUUCAUGCUCUAAGAAUGUGUCUUAGGGAGAAUGGACUUCUUGUACAUGUACUCCCACCAGGGUUGUCAAGUGCUCAGUAAAUGUAGAGAUGGUUUUCCCAAAGCAGUCUUGUGUUAAGGGUCAGAUUGACUUAUAAAAUUGGCCAGAAGAUCAAGGAAAAUUACAGUGUUGCUAAUUUCAAGGAGAAUUUAGCAGCACUUGUAAGAAAAAAAACUUUUUCUGUAACAUUUUUUUUUUUAAAUUACUUUCUUUUACAUGUUUUGGGUGUUUCUUCUGAAUCAAAGAUUAUCAAAUACUAGCCCAAGCCAGAGGACAGCUGGGGGAUUGCGGUGUUCAGGGUUUGAAUCCAAGUCCAGAGGCAUACCACAUAACCAGGCCAUCUUUUAUGUAGCUCCAUUAAAUAAACAUAAUGUAGGCUGAAUGAUCUUUAAGAACACUUGACAUAAAUGCUAUAAAAAGGGAAAUAAUUCUACAAAAUAUUUUGAAAAGCUAGUUUUCAAGGGCAGCAGAAUUUUUAAUAUUCAGUAAUAAAUGACUAAACCAGUGAAGUGACUUCUUCUGUUACUUUCUACUGCUGGUUGAUGCAUAAUUAGACAAAUGUUCCUUGGGAAAACCUUUGCUGACAGGCUGUUUCCCCUUACUUGAUAUUUGAAAGAAGAUUGUGGAGAUAGGUUUCUGCUGUGUCCCUGAUUUUUCAAGGAAUCUUCCUUGAGUUUGAACAAAUGUUUGGGUCUUACACUCAUUGUGUUAUAGUUUGUAGCAUGGAAUGAAUCAUGUUGGUGUGUUGCAUGGAAUGAAUCCUGUUGUGAGGAGAAAUGUUACUAUUAUGCAGCACUGCCUCAAGGCACACAAUUUAUGAACACAAAUCUCCAUAGACUGUCAAGCUGCCCAUUCCUUUGCAAAGUGAAAUACUCUUGCGUCUUUCAUCACUAUUUGUACACUGAACUCUGUCUUUGUUGUAGUGUGUUUCUCUUUCCCUAUUGAUUAGUGGGUUGCUUAGGCUGCUCCUUGUAAGAACACUUUAAACCAUGCAUAAUUUCUUUCCUCACCAAACUGUAUGACAUGGGGAGAGAACUGCACCACACAUUUGUAUUCAAAAUGAAGUCAUUGCCCCUUUAGUUAUCUCAUAGGUUUUCAUCUUAAAGCCAAUCUUGGUUAUAAUGUGUGUAGAUAUUGCAGUGUAUUAGCUCAGAUAAUAGAUGUAUUUGUUCUGCCAGCUUGUUCUGGUAAUAUGAAAGCACUAAUGACAGGAAUGGUGAGUUUGAUGAGACAAUGUUUCAUUUCUGUGAAAGUGUUUUGUCUCUACAAAUUUAAUUGAAUUUUGAACUUUUGUUCUCAGGCUUAUGAAAUCCUAAAUUUUGAUAAUGAAAUGAAGAAAAUGUCUGAAAAAUAUUUGUUUCACAGCAGCACCAGAAGAAACAUGACUAGCUUAUUGUUUUUGUUAUUAUUUAAUUAUUGCUAAUACAUUUAAUGUUUCUCAUAUGUUUGAGCUAUAAAUGUUCAUUGGUGGAUAGUUCCCCCCCCACCCCAUUUUUUGUUAGCCUUUUUUUUUUUUAAUUUUGAGCACUGUCAUAGUUUUACCUUCCAAUGACACACAUCACAUUAAGUUUGCAAAGACAAGUAGCUAAGAAGGGCCAGCAACUCUUACCAAGUCUCCUGCUCUCACCUCCCACCCCCCCCACCCACCUCCAAGGUUUGACUAAAGCACCUCUGGGUUGUCAUCUUCAUUGAGAAAUAAAAGACUUGAUUCUAAUCCAAUUAUGAACAAGCUUUGGAGUGAUGUACCUUCAGUUGUCUUAAGAAUUUCACUGGCUUUUCUCACCAGAGAUUGUCAAGUCAGUUUAUGUAUCCCUCCCCCCCCCCCCCCAUUCGCCCCUAUGUAAUCAUUUCUUGGCAGUGAGGAACAGUGGGCUAUGGAAAAAAUAUCUUACAAUUCUACACUGACUUCCUGUUUCAGUUAGAUGAAGUUAUGUCAGUAAUUUCUCAUUUCUAGAGGUUUGGUUUUUUUUUUUAAACCUUUGUUUUGAAAAAAACUGUCCACAAUAUAUGACAAGCUUUCACUUGUAGAGUGAAAUAUAUGUCAAUAGAUGUUGGCCUGUUAUCUGGUUCAAUAUUUUAACUUUUUAUUUUGAAAAUAUCAAAUAACUGCCACUAAAUCUGGAUAAUAGUGGUAAAUGUUUUGUUUAGAAAAUGAUCAGCUCUUAUAACUGUAAAACAACACAGUUAGCAGUUUAUUACAAUUAUUUACAACACUGUAGCUGCCUCAAUUGCUUGAGUAUAUGAAGAAAUAUGUUUAACAUUAUUUGCUUAGUUUAUGUGCUAAAAUAUCAGGAAUUCCUAAUUUAUUGAAUUGAUUUGAAUGAAUGAGCUAGUGCAGAGCAUAUUUAUGACUUCAAUAGUUUUACACUCUUCAGUUGUAGAUAUUUGAAUUGUUACAAAAGGGGUCAUUAGUUUCCUGAAUACAUAGCUGGAGAUGUAAUAACAAUGAAUUGAAAAUGAAUUAUUCCAAAUUUUGAUAUGGAAACAUUUACUUGUAGAAAUGUGCAUUUUUAUUGUUUCAAUUAAUGGUUUGAUUUACUAUGUUGACAUGACCUGUAUUUUCUUUACUUUUUUUUGCUUCUUGGUGCUUACUUUAUUGACUUGGUUUUAUUUGUGCCUGAAGUUAUGUGAGGUUGUUUCCCUUUUCAAAAAAAAAAUGUUACAAGUUUAUUUAACUUUAAAAAAAAAUGUUAACCUAGUCAGUUGUUUACCACUAAAAACUAAAAAAACAAUGACAAAAAAAAAACAAAUUCAUUCAAUAGCCACAGUGUACAUUGGUGAGUCUGUGUAGAUUAGAUUUUCUGUAAAAAAAACAACCAUUGAGGAUGGUGUUACAUUUUUGAUGAAUUGAUUGUGUGCACAAUAAAACAAACUGUUUUGUGUUAAGCGAUUGUCCUGUGAGAGGCUGGUGCAGACUGACUUGUUUAAUACUUUACUUGGUGAAAUAAAAGUCUAUAGACAUUGAA